AUGUUGUCUAAAACAAAUGUUAUUGUUAUUUGUUUGCUUAUUAUCCAGUAUUUUCACGAAAUAUGGUGUCAAUCAGAUAUUAACGAAGAAAGACGAAUAAAAGUAUCGCAAGGUUAUCCGUUAGACUCACUACUCAACUUUACGGAGCUAACAUCGAAAUAUGGAUACAAAUCAGAAGAACACACAGUUAUCACAGAAGAUGGUUACAUAUUAACAAUAUUCAGAAUUAUUAAAGGCAAAAUAUGCCAAGAACCGAUUAGACAAACGCCAGUUUUACUGAUGCACGGUCUUUUAUUAAGCUCCGACUGCUGGUUGGAUUCCGGUCCAAGUUCGGGGCUAGCUUAUCUCAUAUCCGAUGCUUGUUACGAUCUAUGGGUCGGCAAUGUUAGAGGUAACUACUACGGCAAGAGGCAUGCCUACCUUAAUAUUACUGAUAUCGACUUUUGGCAAUUCUCCGUACAAGAAAUAGGGAAAUACGAUAUGCCCGCUACUAUAGAUUACAUCCUUAAAUAUACGUCAUCAAAAAAAUUAAAUUACAUCGGAUACUCUCAAGGCGGUAGUACGUUCUUUAUAAUGUGUUCCGAAAGAGAGGGCUAUUGCGAUAAAGUUGGGGUCUUCAUUGGUUUGGAGCCUGAUUCAAGAAAUACGUACACGAAAUCGAUGAUUAGCAGAUUUGCUGCUGAAUUAUAUCAGGACUUUCAACCAUUGUUGACUGAAAUCGGACUUUACGAAGUUGCACCGUUGGGUGGCUUGUAUCAACAAAUCUUGGCUUUCUUGUGCAAGGAUUAUGUGAUCGCGGACACGUUUUGCAGAGGCCUUUUGUAUAUAGUCGACUCGCCGCAUCCACAUUCCGUCGAGACAGAAACUAUUCGUGUUCUCUUCGGUCACUUCCCCGCGGGAACAUCACUCAAGAACAUUGUCUGGUACACUCAGUCUUUGAAUGUUGAUGUCUUUCAGAAUUUUGAUUACGGGACUGCUGGAAAUAUGGAAAUGUACAAUUCUACUAAACCGCCAGCUUACAAUUUGAAUGCUACAACAACUCCUGUAGUGAUAAUGAAUGGUAGGAACGAUUUUCUCACUGCCCCUCCCGACGAGGAAUGGCUUACGAGCCACCUACCUAAUGUCAUUGAGCACUACAUAGUAGAGGAUCCUCUCUGGAACCACGUUGACGUGCCUUACAGUAAACUGACAAGCAAAAAUAUUCUACCAAAAAUAUUACACUAUCUUCAUGAAUAUAGCGAUGUCAAAUAA